AUGAAAAUCGGAAAAUUCUCAUUCUCUAAUGAAUCAGAAGAGGAUCAAAAGGAUCCACCGAGUCUCAUCUCUUCUACAACCACUCCCAAUAUAUUCCAGAAAAAUAUCCGGAACUUGCGAUCUGUUGGCUUUUGUGCCGAUGAAUACCGCUUCAGUUUCAUCAUCGUUUUUGCCAUUUUCUUCUUUGGCGCUUAUUUUUUGUAUCAAGUUCAAUAUAAAACUGGAAUCGAUAUAAUUCCACUGUUCCCGAUUGAUGAUAGCGGAUUUGAUAAAUACAAUGAGCAUCUCCUUGGAUCUGUAAAAGUGUCGGAGAGUGCCAAAAAUCAACCGAAAAGUGGAUCUCUUCUGUGCUGGGCAAUGACAACAUCCGUAUAUCACAAGACACGGGUACCUGCCAUUACGGAAACAUGGCUUCGAAGAUGUGAUGCUGGCCAUUUGUUCACAAAUUCCGACAGGUUCCUAAAUGCAUCCACUCCAUACCACACAGUGUUCGAUGGAUUGCCUGAGAGCUAUUAUAAAUUAUUUUGGAAAACCCGACUGGCUCUUCUCUACAUUUACAAACAUGUUUCAAAGGAUUUCGACUGGUACUUCAAAGGGGAUGAUGACACCUAUUUGAUUGUCGAAAAUCUUCAGAGAUAUCUGGCGACAUUGGAUCCAAAUAAACCUUAUUUUAUCGGAUAUCGGUUGAGUAGACGGACGGAAACAGGAUACAAUGCCGGAGGAAGUGGCUAUGUAAUGAGUCGAGAGGCAAUGCGGAUAUUUGCGGAGAAACUAUUUAAUGACAAGGAAAAGUGCCCUUACCAUGAAUGGGAGGACUAUGCAAUUGCGCAAUGUCUCGCAUCAGUGGGCAUUGUUCCAUUGGACAGUCGCGAUGAGAAAGGACGCCAAAGAUUUCUUCCUUGGCGACCUGAACAGCAUUUCUAUGCGGAUCUUACCCGUUCUUUUCAAAUGGAUCCCAUCCAAAUUUGGGUAACUAAUUUUUAUUUGUUUUUUCUUAAAACCAGAAUUUCCGCCCCCUUUCAGGGACCUGCAAUCUAUCACGAAAAUUUGAUAAGUAUGCAUCAUUUGUAUCCGGAUGAAAUACGACUCAUCGAUGGAUUACUGUACUCCAUUGCACGUGGAAUUUGGAGACAAGGUGAUCUAGAAGACAUUCGAAACGAGACAACGACAGUGUCGACGUCGAUGGAUGAUACUCUUCCUCCUCCAACUAUUUAG